AUGUUGGACCAGAACAUAAGUAUAAUCAAUGAGACGUCAGACAUGCUCAACGGAAGUGGUUUUGUCAACAAUUAUACCAGUCAUGAAGACGGGGGAAAUACCGGGUUUUACUUUUAUCUUUAUGACAUCACCUGGCCAAUCUUAACGUUAUUGGGGAUGAUUGGUAAUAGCCUGGCAUUUAUAGUCCUGUACCAACUGUCCUCCACAUCUUCAUUCUAUUUGUAUCUCGCCUUUCUCGCCAUCUCCGACUUCUCUUUCCUGAUUGUCGGGGGGGUAUUUCGUUGGUUGGAGAUGACAGGAAUGUAUACGCCUUCUAAAAGUUUUGAGGAAAUGUUGUGCUCCGUGUCGUUUGCCUUCACGCUGUUAUUCUCGCAGUUGUCAUCUUGGAUCACAGUGGCUGUAACUGUCGAUCGCUAUAUAGCUGUAUGCCACCCCUUCGCUGUCAGUGUCUACUGUACACGAAAGAGAACGCUAAUUUACGUCGGGACGGCCUUCCUGGUUCUCGCUGCUCUUAACUUACCAAACAUUUGUCUACAAUGGGAUCACGAAACCUUGACCUGUGUUCUACCAGAAUUUACACAUGACUAUUGUUUUAAGUUCAGAGGUUAUAUAGACAUCCUUUCUUACGCUAUUAUUCCAAUCCUCAUCAUCUGUAUCCUCAAUAUUCUAAUUAUACGGGGCCUUUACAGUGCAGCUGGUCGAAGACGUUUUCUAACUUCCGGCAGCGAGAGCAGCGCGCCCCCUACAGUUGAAAGGAAGGAUUCCAUCUCGAAAACGGUCAGCAUGUUGUUUUCAGUUACCGCGUGCUUCGUCCUUCUGUUCAUCCCGUUCGUAGGCGUGUCUCUGCACGAGGUCGUUUAUGGCUAUGGGUGGGAUUCCAUUCCCGGCACGUUAGCAGAUCUGUGCUCCUUCUUGAACCAUUGUUUGAACUUCAUACUGUAUGGUCUAUCGGGACAGCGUUUCCGAAAGAAGUUUAUUGAAACAUUGAACAUGCGCCGUGUUUUUAGAGAUUAA